AUGAACGUCCGGAGUCGUACUGGCUGUUUGGCUUGCAAGAAGCGCAAGCGUCGCUGCGGAGAGGAGAAACCCGCCUGCAGAAACUGUGUCGUUCGCGGAUUCGAGUGCCCGUACCUAUCGGAGAACUCACAACAGAUUAAUCUAAGGUUUAAGAUUUCUCUUGCAAAUGGCUACCGGCUCCCUCUCAAGAAGCAGAAUCGGAGGCACUUCAUCUCCGUUUCGGCCGAGGAUGUCGCCUUGCUAUCGUCUGAGCAUAACCAAGAUAUUGUACCCGCAGAGAAAGAUGAUACACGCACUAAGAACCUAAAUGGCCACGCACUUAGCCCGGUCAGACUGGAAGGAUCGGUCUUUGCAUCCCCUCUCGUCGAUUGCAGUGGGCUCGAGCACCAACUUUUCCAGUAUUAUCUGCAGGUAAUCAGCAGAGUGAGGGUCUUCCGUGAUGAUUCGAGAAAUAAGUUUCGAUCUCUUGUCGUCCCAUUCUGCUGCGGACGGAGACCGUUGCUCUACGCGGUUCUGUCCGUCAGCGCCAAUGACCGUCGCGCCGAAACAGUGCCGACACACAUAAACUACGAACAGCUAGCGCUUUCGUAUAAGUCCCUCGCAUUGAAGUCCCUUCGAAAAUCUCUGUCAGAUGUUAGUAAUGCAAGCGAGGCCCUCAUGACCUGUCUCAUCCUGUGCACCCUGGAGAUUGCCUCAGGCUGCCAGCCGGAUUGGGUGCGUCAUGCUAAAGGCGCCUUUGCCAUCAUAAACAGCUGCUCGAGCAUGAUAGAUCCCGAGAUUUUGUUUUUCGCCCGAAGCUACUUCCAGUCUCGUACUGUCUUCUUCCGCACCACGGGCUGCCAUGACGAUCUGCAUGACAAGGACGCGGAGCGUCUGCUAGAGCCACAGACUGGGAUCGACCAUGGCAUGGACUUUUUCUCACAGUGCACAACCCUUGAUAUCAAUUAUGCUGACGAGCGGACGGAGAUCCAGCCCCAUUUUGGCUGCUCUCUCAGCUUGCUCGACAUCAUCGCCCGGGCAACAGACCUGGUCAGCCAGAAACAAAAGCUUCGUCGCAAUGGCUGCAAUUCAUUCUUUUCCGAAGGAGAAAUGAUGCAGCGGGCCAUGUCACUGCGGAGUGAGCUGGACUUGUUGCCUAAAGAGCACUCCCCAGACAGCGAGUAUCUGACAACCUGCGGAGAGUGCUUCCGCAUGGCUGCCGACCUAUACUUGCAACUGGCCUGCGAUAUCCCCUUAACCCAGCCAGCCCUUCAGACACUGUUGGGUAAACUACUGGAUCACAUUGGCAAGGUCAUCCGCGAGGACCAGGAGCGGCAGCUCUUCCCAAUGUGGCCAAUAUUCCUGGCAGGCUGUCUGUCCACCACCGAUGAGGAUCGGGCGCGCGUCCUCAACUACUUCACUUAUCUCGCUCAUGCAUGGCCAGUCAGCAACAUCCCCAUCGUGCGUAAAGCCACAGAGACAGUCUGGAAGUUUCGAGACUUGAACCCCCAUGAGUGUGGAAGUGGGUUCGAUUGGCAAACGAUUAUCAGCCGGAUGAACUGGAAAUUGGCACUGUCGUAG